AAUCUUCACGCUGUACGUACUAAUUUUCAGAGCAGGGAGAUUUUUUCAUGGCUCUGUUUGCAAACUGGUUCAGCUGUUUCUCAGAGUCGAAAAGCUAUGAGUGCCAAGGAGACGUUUGCGUUCUCAGACAUCCGAAGAAAGCUGGGGAGAAGACAUUGUUGAAGAGGUGGCAACACAGAGGCCGACUCUCUUUUGCUCGUCUUUCCAUCAGAAGAACUUCAAGCACCUUGUGAUUAAUUAGUCAUGGAUGAUAGCUUGCCUGUUUGAUCCACAAGGCACAUGUAUUUGGUAUGUAAAUUACUGUUUCCAAUUUCAUGUUUUCCCAGUUAAUAAUAACAGCCACUUCUGCUAGAACAUGGAGCUGAGUCGUUCUCAAUUUAGUGUUUUCUCAUAUCAAACCAGUUCUUUCUUGUAAGAAUUUGUUUUACCUAUGUUAUGUUAAUUAAGGGCUAAUCGUCAU